AUUGGAAAUAUGGAUGCCUUUUCCACUCAUUAAAGCGUCACUUUACUCGUCUUCAGCUUUUGCCUUUCUUCCACAGACAUUGGAGACUCAUUCUACUUUUAACCCUUACUUCUCUCCUCCCAUAUCUUCUUCUUCAUUCAUCCUACUAUUCUUCUUUCCAAAUUGAGAGACAUGGAUGACGAGUAUGCUAAGCUUAUCAGGAGGAUGAAUCCUCCCAGAGUGGUGAUUGACAAUGACUCUUGUGAGAAUGCAACCAUUAUCCAGGUUGACAGUGUCAACAAGCAUGGGAUUCUUCUUCAAGUUGUGCAGGUUCUGACGGAUUUAAACCUUGUUAUCACGAAAGCAUACAUUUCCUCUGAUGGGGGAUGGUUUAUGGACGUGUUUAAUGUGACUGAUCAAGAUGGAAAUAAAGUUAGAGAUGAAGAAAUCAUCAGCUAUAUCCAAAAGUUUCUUGUUACACAGACUCUUGAAAAUGACGAGGUUCUGUUACCCUCUUUAAGGGGAACUGUUGGCUUGAUGCCUUCUGAAGAGCACACGUCCAUUGAACUUAGCGGGACAGACAGACCUGGCUUAUUGUCUGAAGUGUGCGCUGUUCUUGCUGACCUUCACUGUAAUGUGGUGAACGCUGCAAUCUGGACACAUAAUGCUAGGGCUGCAGCUGUGGUUCAUGUUGUGGACGACAUUACAGAUUGUGCAAUUGAAGACCCAAAACGCCUUGCUACAAUCAAGAAACUUCUUCGUAACGUCCUCAAGGGUAACAAUGAUUUGAAGACUGCAAAGAUGACACUUUCACCUCCUGGAUUUACACACAGGGAGAGAAGAUUACACCAGAUAAUGUUUGAUGAUAGGGACUAUGUAAAAGUUAGAAAGACAGAACAGGGCAACAUUGAGGAUUUGAAGUCCGGGCCUUGUAUAACUGUUUAUUAUUGCAGUGAAAAGGAUUAUACUGUGAUCACUAUGAGGUCAAGGGAUCGACCUAAGCUGUUGUUUGAUAUUGUCUGCACUUUGACUGACAUGCAGUAUGUGGUCUUUCAUGGAGUUGUUCACACAGGAAAGAACGAAGCUUAUCAGGAAUUCUACAUUCGACAUGUUGAUGGGCUUCCAAUAAGCUCAGAGGCUGAGCGAGAACGUGUGAUUCUGUGUCUUGAAGCAGCUAUUGAGAGAAGAACCUCUGAGGGUCUGGAGCUAGAAUUGUGUACAGAAGAUCGGCUAGGACUACUAUCAGAUAUCACUAGGAUAUUCAGGGAAAAUAGUUUGUGUAUUAAAAGAGCAGAAAUCUCAACACAAGGGGGGAAGGCAAAAGAUAUCUUUUAUGUCACAGAUGUGACUGGGAAUCCAGUUGAGCAAAAGACAGUUGAUUCAAUUUGUGAGCAAGUUGGCCCAAAUAUGCUGCAUGUUAAGUGGAAUCCUUGUCAUUCAGAAAAGCUACCUGAAGAAGGAACAAUUAGCUACCUCUUUGGGAGUCUCUUCAAAGUUCGAACCCUCCAAAGUCUGAAGCUGAUUGGAUCCUACACUUGAGUGGUUCCCUGUAAGACUGGAAAACAUUGUAGAUAUGUCAGAUACACCACUCACAGUAUGCGGAUUUCAAGUAACAAAAAUUGUAGAUAGAUAUCCUACCCAUUGGUGAAGAACUGUUUAGUUUUAUGUAAAUAGUAACCAUUAGAUAGUUAGACCAUAUAGUGGUGAUUUAGUAUCAAGAGAUAUAGAAGAGACUCUUAAAGCAUCAGUAGUAGCAGAUAUUGCCAGGGGUUGUCUGUAUAUACAUGGAUGUGUGAUAUAAGUGGCA